GCCAACCGGACCUGACCCUAUCGUGGUGGGCUAGCGUUAACCAAUGAUUCCAGGGAGCUCCAAAUACAUGCAGAUACAUCGUAAAAGAAUGUACAACGGUUCUGUAAAAUAGAGAAGUUAAUGCAAGAACUUUUAAUAAUUAAGGAUUAAUUUGCUCGUUUGUUCCCGAGGCGCCGCUUCAUUAGAGCUGGAAGGCUUCCUAUCGCCUUCCCUUCCUUCUCUCUCAAGUCCCCUCUUUUUUAGAUCUCCCGACCGUUGCAACUCAGCCAAAUGCAUCCUUUCAUCUGGUUUUCUUCUGGAGUUCGAGUUUUAUAAGCGCGAAGAGAAGGAUAGAGGAGGAGGAGGAGCUCUUUUCACUCUUUUUGCAAGAUCUUUCUAAAAGGCUUCAGAUUCCGGCGAUUAUGGCCGACCGCGUCCACCCCGCCAGAUCUACCAGCGCCGAGGAGAAGACGGCGGCGCCCGGAGAACCGGCGCCGACAUCCCGGUCGGAGAGCUCCCUCUCUCAGGAGAGCUUUGCCGAGAAGCUCAAGCCGCCGCCGGGGACAUACGUGAUCCAGGUCCCCAAGGACCAGAUUUACCGCGUCCCCCCGCCGGAGAACGCCCGCCGCCUCCAGGCCUAUACCCGCCGCGCCCACCGCCGCCGCUGCGGCUUCUGCUGCUGCCUCGCCUGGACCGCCGCCCUCCUCCUCUUCCUCCUCGUCGCCACCGCUGCGGCCGCGGGGAUACUGUACCUCGUCUUCCAGCCGAAGAUCCCCAAGUACUCCGUUGACGGCCUCUCCGUCAAGGGCUUCAACCUCUCCGCCGCCACCGCCGCUGCCAACCUCGCCGCCCUCUCGCCGGAGUUCGACGCCACCGUCCGCGCGGACAACCCCAACGAAAAGAUCGGCAUCUACUACCGCUCCGGCAGCUCCAUCUCCAUCAGCUACGACGGCGUCAACCUCUGUCACGGCGUCUGGCCCACCUUCUACCAGGGCAAACGGAACGUGACGGUGUUCCAAACGGCGUUGACGGGGUCAGGGAUCCGUUUAUCCGCCGCUAUGCGGAACGCCUUGGUAACGGCGCAGAGCCGUCGGAAGGUGCCGCUGGAGAUCAAUCUUGCAGUCCCAGUUAGGGUUAAGUUUGGCGCCGUCACGACGUGGACGAUCACCGUUAAUGUGCGGUGCGACGUGACGGUGGACAAGUUGACGGUGGAUUCGAGGAUCGUUUCGAAGUCGUGCAGCGUUAAGGUGGAUCCUUUUUAACGGCGUUGUGGUUCCGUUGAUGGCGGAUAUACUGGUGGUGUUCAGGAUAUACUAAUGAUGCUCACAUUGUUUGGUUUAAGCGAGUGAAAGCCGAGUCCAUCUAUGUGAUUAACAUUGUUUGGAUGACUGAUUUUUUUUUUUUUGGGUACAAGUUUGGAUGAGUGAAUUGAAGUAAAUAAACAGAUCUGUUUACACUUUACAUUGUUUAGCCAUUUAGAAUAAUAUCUUGCAAUUGGAAUAUCUUGGCCAAAUUGCAUAAGAUACAAGGUUAGGAUAGAAUGCUUUUCACGUAUGGUGCCAACCUUAAAUAUAUCGUUGUCCAUAUAUAGCAUCAGUCACACCUAAGGGAUCGUGCUGUACGUAGUAAUGCUGGAUCUCGUCCUACAUGCCUCAUCACUCUGCAAUGUUAAUCUAUAAACCAUUCGUGUGAUUUGAA